AUGGCAAAUGAGCAAAUAUCGCAGUUGGAAAAUGCGCAUAUAACAAAAUGCCUGGAUGAAAUCAGAAGGCAAGUUGAUGCAGUGUUCGAGAACCGAAGAAGGUAAGCGUUUUCCAACAAAAAACUCCUGAUUUUAGUUGAUUUUGUUGCAGACUUGAACAAGAACUGUUAGUAGAGAGAAUAUUAAACGAAUUACGUAUUGAAGUUGAACUUUUGGAUGGGUUUUAUUAUGAAAAACCGAUUCAAAAUCAAACUAGAAUUAGUGGAGAAAUCGAGGAUGCACAACAGAGUGCAAGAAAUUCUAUUGAGGUGAGUUUUAGCACUAAACAUUUGCUCCAGACCUGGGAAAUUUUACGUUUACGUUUUUUAUGUUUUACGGUUUUUACGGAUUUUCGCCGUAAAAUGCAUUUUACGGUUGGUUUUACGCUGCCAAAAAAAUCGUAAAAUAAUUUUUACAAAAAUAGCGAAAUUAUAAUGAAUUUUGACAGAAUCAAAUUGAAAAUUCAAAAAAAAACACAAAAUUUUCACAAAUAAAAUUUUGAGCAAAUCCAAAUUAAUUAAUUUUCUGAUGGAUGUGAAGAAUAAUGUUGCUAAAAUUAUGUUGGAGUUACUAACUUCCAAUUUUUAAAGAAAUUUCUUGACAUUUUCAGUUAAAACAAAAUUUUACGGGAUUUUACGGUUUUUCAGAGCUGUAAAAUACUCAUUUUACGUUUUACGGUGCCACGUAAAAAUUUCUCAGGUCUGGUUUGCUCCAAAAUCUGAAAAUACCAUUUUAAAAAUUUCUGAAAAAAAUUAAAUUUCGAUAUUUUUUGCAGGGACAUCGACAUGAGACACAAAGUCAUUCUCCACCAACAGAUCCAGAAGCUUCAGCAGCAACAUGA